AUGCAACCACUCUCCCUUGACACAAUUCGCGAUCUCCUCUCAGAAAUCUCCAAUAACACCAAACUGCCUGUACCAGAACUCAGAAACUUCGAUGAUUCCCUCGCGCGUUAUCCAUUUCAUUAUCUCUUCCUCCGCCUGCCUUCACAAAACGCCCAGUCCCUCUCAUCGCUGCGAUCGAGUGGCGCUCUCACACCGUCUCAAGAUGCUCUUCUGGACCUUAAGUUAGGAACCUUCAUUCAUUCUCUGCACUCACUCCAAAACGAUUGGUUCGGUGUCCCAGGAACCCAGCCAGACGAGGAAGUAUGCUACAGCUGGCAGGAUACAUUCAUGCUGCUCCUUGAUGGGCUGCUAUGCGAGCUUGAAAGCUCUGGAGAUAUACAAAGGACGUCGGUAGAGGACAUAAGGCGAUAUCUAUCCCGCGCCAUCGGGUCAUUUUUAUUUGAAGACGCAGAAGUGCCUACAUUGGUCUGGCUGACAGGUUCGGCGGACGAUGUGUAUGUCCAAGUUUCAGAGCCUUGUGGACCGAACCAGGAAGCUAGAGUGGACAUUGCAUAUGUACUGCCGACAUUCGAUCGGGUGGUGUGGGGAGACCCAAUGUUGGAGGCGUUUUUUAUGCCGCCAGGGCCGAGCAAGGCGUUGGAAGAAGGGUAUUUGGAAGGAGAGGGCGGAACGUUGAUCGUUUUCCCGAGGCAGAGAACGAAGAGGAUGUGGUACACGCUGUUCUUAGCUCUAGUUGUACUGGUAGAAGUUAGGAGAGAUAAGGAGAAGGAGGAAGGGGAUAACCAAACGCAUCAAAAGCUCUAUUGGGCAAGGGAGAUCCUCCCAAGAUGCGUUGAGGCAUUGAAGGAUGCGCCCUGUCACUAGAAUGAUACAGUAAAGUCCUGUAACUCUAAAGUUUAGUUAUAUGCAUGGAGCCAAAACAUAAAUGUCCUACCUAUAUCAUGACGAAGUAUUAG